GAUGCAAAUGAAAUUGGUAUUUCUCCGUUUAGGCACAGCCAGUGCUGCGGUCGUUGCAGUUGGAGAAGAAGCCGCAUCUCAGCCACCUCGCCGGGAAUAGAAAUAGAAGCACUUCUCAAUUCACGUUUUGGCCUUCCUUUGAUUCUUCCAAAUCUGCCAAUUCGCGCACAAACACGCUAUAAUCCAAUUCCCUCUCCCCCGCAAUUCCUCAAUUCCACGAAACAAAUCCCUAACCCACUCCGAUCUACUCUCCGGUAGAAGACGAAGGGAGUGCAAUGGCGGCUCCUAACAUGGAUCAGUUCGAAGCGUAUUUCAGGAGAGCAGAUUUAGACGGAGAUGGCAGAAUCAGUGGAGCUGAAGCCGUCUCUUUUUUCAUGGGAUCCAAUUUGCCCAAACAAGUUCUCGCUCAGGUAUGGGCGUAUGCUGAUCAGGCCAAAACUGGCUUCCUUGGACGCGCAGAGUUUUUUAAUGCUCUGAGGUUAGUUACUGUGGCUCAGAGUAAGCGAGAUUUAACGUCUGACAUUGUGAAGGCAGCUUUAUAUGGUCCUGCUGCUGCUAAAAUCCCUGCUCCGCAGAUUAAUCUUGCUUCUGUACCUCAACCUGUCCCGAAUGCGAGGCCCCAUGCUGGGUCUGUUGGGCAGAUGGGUGUUACUGCACCCAAUUCAGCUCAAGGUUUUACCUAUAGAGGACAAGGGUUAGCAGGUCCUGGUGCAAACCCGCAAUAUUAUCCUUCGCAGCAGAAUCCUGCCAUCCGACCUCAUCAAUCCAUGCCUGUUUCCGGCGCUCCGCAUCCGCAGCAGGGUGUUGCAGGCCCAGAUAUUUCUAGAGGAGUUAACACGGGGGGUCACAAUUUCUCAAAUCCUGGGCUAUCAAAUGAUUGGAAUAAAGCCAGGCCUGGUAUGGUGGCCACCAGACCUUCAGGAAUGAACCCGUCGGCUGCCUUACAUACGUCACAAUCUCCAGUCUCACCAAUGCCCCAUUCAUCUCCAGUCUCUCCAAUGCCACAGUUAUCUCCAGUCUCACCAAUGCCCCAGUCAACAACUGUUCACACUAAAGCAUUGAGUGUUUCUGGAAAUGGGUUCUCUUCCAGUCCAGUUUCGGGCAAUGAAUUUUUCUCUGCCGCCUCAUCAACACCGAAGCAAGAACCUGCUGGACACAGUUAUUCUGUUACCAAUGUCUCAUCAGCCAUUGUUCCUGUUUCCACUGGUCCCCAGCCUGCAAAUAAGCAAAAUUCACUUGAUUCAUUGCAGGGUGCAUUCUCAUCGAUGCUGCCUGCAAAUAGUCAGUUUCAGCGGCCACAGUCUGCACCAAACCAGCAAAUUAAACCACAAGCUUCUUCUUCUCCACAUACACCAUCUGGGAUGACAGGUGGGGUUGGAAAUGCAAAAUCUGACAAUGUGCAGCUUUCUUGGCCAAAAAUGAAACCUACUGAUGUGCAGAAAUAUACAAAGGUGUUUUUGGAAGUUGACACUGACAGGGAUGGGAGGAUCACUGGGGAGCAGGCUCGCAGUCUUUUCUUAAGCUGGAGAUUACCAAUAGAGGUGUUAAAGAAGGUGUGGGACUUGUCUGAUCAAGACAAUGAUAGCAUGCUUUCUUUGAAGGAGUUUUGCUUUGCUCUUUAUUUGAUGGAACGGUACAGGGAAGGUCGUCCUCUUCCACAGUCUCUUCCAAGCAAUGUCAUGUUUGAUGAGACGUUGAUGUCUAUGACAGGCCAACCAAAAAAUGCUCCUGGAAAUGCAGCCUGGGGUAUCAGCCAAGGUUUUCAGCAGCAGCAACAAGGGAUGCCAGGUGCUCGGCCAGUGGCACCAACUGCUGGUUUCAGGCCACCAGUCCAUGGAAGUUCUGCUCAGGCUGAUUUCACUACACAGCCCAACCAACAAAAGUCAGGAACACCUGUGUUGGAGGAUGCCUUUCUGAAUCGCACAGAUAGUGGUGAGCAGAAUACAUCGAACACAAAGCCUCAAGAUGCAACAACUGCAGAGAAACAGUCUGAAGAAGCUCAGAACGUUAUUUUGGAUUCAAAGGAGAAGAUGGAGCUUUACCGGAACAAAAUGCAGGAGCUGGUUCUAUAUAAAAGCAGAUGUGAUAAUCGAUUAAAUGAGAUAACAGAAAGGGCAUCUGCGGAUAAGCGGGAGGCAGAAUCAUUGGGCAAGAAAUACGAAGAGAAAUACAAACAAGUAGCCGAAAUAGCAUCAAAAUUGACUGUUGAAGAAGCUAAAUUUCGUGAUAUACAGGAAAGGAAGGUGGAACUGCAGCAAGCCAUCAUCAAAAUUGAACAAGGAGGCAGUGCAGAUGGCAUUCUUCAGGUCCGUGCUGAACGCAUACAGUCAGAUCUUGAGGAGUUAUUUAAGGCUCUAGCUGAUCGGUGCAAGAAACAUGGGAUAGAUAUGAAGUCAAUUACAAUGGUUCAGCUUCCUGCUGGUGGCAACCUGAAUUCAGAGGGAGCUGCACUUUGGGAUGAAGACUGGGAUAAAUUUGAGGAUGAAGGAUUUGCCAAUGAUCUUACUUUUGCCACCAAAAAUGCAUCUUCAAAACCAAAACCCGUAUUUAUUGACGGAGAACAAAAUUUCUCUGAUGAUAACUCUAUUCACGGUUCACCUAUGAAAGCAAACGGGAAGCAAGAAAACUCUGCUAACGGUGAUUAUACAGUUGAGGAUUACGCACAUAGUGAAGAAGACCUGGCUAGAAGCCCCCACGAUAAUCUAGCUGGGAGGAGUACCUUGGAGAGUCCUUCUCAUGUAUUCUCGAAUGCUGACUUUGGAAAAGGUUCUGAAGCAGAUCAGGCAGAAACACAUAGAAGUUUUGACGAAUCGACCUGGGCAUUUGACAACAAUGAUGAUGAGGACUCGGUGUGGGGUUUCAAGACCAAGCAAUCAGAACAGGAUCUACACAUAAGGAUAGCACGUUCCAGAAAAAAGGCCCCAUUUAUGUUGAUGGAAUCAGUGCCAGCACUCCAGUUUCCCAGUUCGGAAAUUGCCCCGGAUACAGUGAGGCGGGGGGAUAAUUUCUUUGACAUGUCAAGGUUUGAUUCCUGCAGGCACGAAAGUGAUAUUCUCACGCCAGAGAGGCUUACGAGAUUUGAUUCCAUAAAUAGCAGUAAGGAUUUUGGCUUUGGUAACGAUAAAUUCACAAGGUUUGAUUCCAUAAGUAGCAGUGAGGAUUUUGGCUUUGGUAAUGAUAAAUUCACAAGGUUUGAUUCCAUAAGUAGCAGCAAAGAUUGGCAAACGUGCCCAUGCAAGUGUUUGACUCAAUCAAGUAGCACCAAAGACUUCAGUUCCAAGUGGUGCAUUCUCAUCGAUGACUCUGAUGCUUUUGGCUCCUCUGGCCCUUUUAAGGUCUCUUCAGAAAAACCAUUCUUACAAAAAAGGUUCAGAUAACUGGAGUGCAUUCUAGCUUGCAUCCAACUCUUCCCUCCCGGGUUUUCUUUGUUUCCAUUUCCUUGAUUGUUCAUGAUAGCCUAUUUUUUUUGUGUAUAGCUAGAAGAAGAAAAGCUGGACGGUAACAUUAUAUUGUGUGAUCAAUCUAUCUGUUUGAAGAGAGUUUUUCCUCUGCUUUUUUUUUUCUUUUUUCUUUUUGUAAUGCGCGGACGAGUGUGAAAGAUAGAUAGAUAAAAUUAAAUGUCUGGUUGUGGUAUCAUGGAUGAUACUAUUGAGUUUAAUGGCAAUUGCAUGCAAAGUUUUUGUUU